CCUGGCUCGCGCCCGCUGUUCAGGAACUUCAACUCCCACCAUCCCCAGACACAAUAAAUUGUAGGUGGGGGUGACGGGAGUUGUAGUUCGUCAAGUGGUUCCAGGCUGGGAACCACUGAUAUUCUAAUCGCGAUAGUGGGCGCGUUUUUCGGUUUUUGCCGGAAGUGCACGCUAAGUGCUCUUCUCUCUGCCUGCUGUCUCGUGCUCCCCGCCUGGCCUCAGUAUCGUCCUCUACGGCUGGCGGCCCAAAGCUCCCUCUGUCCGAGUAGUCUCCCAGUAGGCGGCCCGCUGAGGUGACGCUGAUGGCGGCAGCUGGGGGAUUCAGAACUGUGGAGCCUUUGGAAUAUUACAGGAGAUUCUUAAAAGAAAAUUGUCGGCCUGAUGGAAGGGACCUUGGUGAAUUCAGAACCACAACUGUCAACAUAGGUUCAAUAACUACUGCAGAUGGCUCAGCCCUUGUGAAGCUAGGAAACACUACAGUGAUAUGUGGCAUAAAGGCUGAAUUUGCAGCGCCUCCUGCUGAUUCCAGUAACAAGGGAUAUAUUGUUCCUAAUGUGGAUCUACCUCCACUUUGUUCAUCACGGUUUCGACCUGGACCUCCAGGGGAAGAGGCUCAGGCAGCUAGCCAGUUUAUUGCAGAUGUGAUUGAAAAUUCACAGGUAAUAAUGAAAGAAGAUCUGUGCAUUGUAGAUGGAAAGCUUGCUUGGGUUCUGUACUGCGACAUUAUAUGCUUAGACUACGAUGGAAACCUUCUGGAUGCCUGCAUGUGUGCUUUCUUAGUAGCAUUGAAAAAUGUGCAAUUGCCUGCAGUCAGCAUAAAUGAAGAAACUGGUUUAGCAGAAGUUAACUUAAAAGAGAAGACUCCUCUGACUGUUAGAAAGCAACCAGUGGCUGCAUCAUUUGUGCUAUUUGACACAUUAGUGAUCGUUGACCCAACUGCAGAAGAGGAAGACUUGGCAACUGGAACUUUAACAAUUGUAACUGAUGAAGAAGGCCAACUGUGUUCUGUUUAUAAACCAGGAGGAAGUGCACUGACGGGAGCAAAACUUCAAGACUGUAUCAGUCGAGCAAAGACAAGACACAAAGAAGUGAAGAAACUAAUGGAUAAAGUGAUCAAAAGUGUAACGCCAACAUAAACAAGCAGUGAUCACUUUAAAGAUUUGUUAAAAAAAAAAAAGUAUUGGCUAUACAGUGCUCACAGUCCCUUUAUUUCAAACAUCCUUUUCCAAAGUCCAUUAUUUUAAGAUAUUCUGUCUUCAAGUAUGUACAGUGUUGCCUAUUUGCAAAUUGGCAAAACGCUACUUUAAAAUGUUUUAGUUUCCUUACAAAAACCAGUGUUAAGCUAAUUAGAAAAAAAAUUCUGUAUCUCACAAGAUUGGUUGGUUGCCAUGUACAGUUUGCAUGCUUCACAGUAUAAACUCAAAUUCAACUCCA